GAGCUAAUUGGAGCGGACAGUGAUGAAGUUUCUAUGCGGUUAAUUGAAGGAACAGGCCUGAGAUAGGGCUGUCAGCUCGUACAGACAACCGAAGAGCCCCAACAGCCACAGACGGAAAGGAGGACGUUCCUGUGGUUAGGGGGCUGCCUUGGAACGUGGGGCAUCCAGGUGCCAUUCCCAGCUCUGCCACUCCCUGGAUGCCCUUGGUCUCUCUGUGCCUCAGUUCUCCCUCAGUAACAUGGAAAUAACAGCACUGCCCUACCUCACAGGGGCGUUGUGAGGUUAAUUACAUCAAAGGCUGCGAGGUGUUCAGAUCCUACCAUUAUGGGGGCCAGACAAGUACCUCAGCUCAAGAGACACAGGCAGGAUUCGAAUUCAUGACCUAGACGUGAGAGGCGUCCUGGGUAAAGUUCUCAAAAGCGUGUAAGUCCCAUUUCCAAAAGCAGCUUUGGCCCCCAUGAGCCUAGGCCUGAGUAGGGUGACCAGACAGCAAGUGUGAAAAAAUCAGGACAGGGGGUGGGGGGGAAUGGGAACCUAUAUAAGAAAAAGACCCAAAAAUCGGGACUGUCCCUAUAAAAUCGGGACAUCUGGUCACCCUAGGCCUGAGUGAAAGUCAGCGGGUCUGGUAUGUCCCAAGGGACUUCUAAAAAUGGGCCUGAGACUUCACCAUCUCCUUUUCCUCCUCUCUCCUCACCACCUCUCGUUUCAGCAGGGAGCCCUUUGUAGCUGCCCUUGGCAUUAAUCUGCUGCAAUACUGACCCCACCUGCAGGGACAGGGGUGGUUUUUGAUGUGUCUUUGGCUGGGCCUGCUUGCUGAGCUCAGCUUUCAUCUGCCCAUAUUGAUCCCCUUGUUCAAAGGCUCCGUGCGCUGUUAGCCACCCCCUGUAGCCUCUAUCUCCGCUCCUGUAGCUGCUGGCACGUGGAUGAAAGGGAGGGGGCUGGCUGUCCUGCCACCUUCGGCCCUGUUUUGCUUUGUAUCCCAUUAAAACCCCUCUGUAAGGACCGAUCCCGCGCGCAGGUCCAGUGCAUCGUGUGCUUCACUUUGUGCCAGUGAGCAGCCCCAUUCAUUUUGGUGGGAGACAGAUGGGGGGAAUGACGGGUGUCUGAACUCUAUAGUCUACCCACAAUUCCCUGCAAAAGGGGUGAGGGAGCCAUUUUAAAUUGUAGUCAGCUGAGCUUGCUACUUCCAGCAGAGUCAAUAUGCAGUGACUCCACUGCAGAGCAUAGAGCCACCCCGGGUUUGUAUCUGUGUCACCGAGAGCAGGCGAUAUCCCAGAGACUCUCCCUUUAAAGAGCAGAACAUUCCGGGAGACUGGAAACCAUCUGACCGAUUGUUGUUACUUUCUUCUUCCUUCCUCUGUGUUCUCUCCCCCGUUGUCUGAUAUUUCAGGUCUGAGCCAGCCCGGGAUGAAUCCUUUCAGCUCCAUGCUCCUGCUUCUCUUCUUCUCCAAUGCUCCGUUUGGGGAACCCGCAGAAAGAUCUUUCCCCUUCUGGAGCCCUCGACACACAGGUGACCAUUUCAAAUACCUGGCCAGCCCGGCCCACUGGGAUCAAGCCAUUCCUUGCUCGGAAAGCAAGCCCAGCCCUGGGAAGGCAGAACCAAGAUCCACGCCACCCCUGCUGUGCAAGCCGCAGGAGGACAGCCAGGUCCAGCUGGGGCAAGGAAUCCAUCCGGCCAGGAGCAGAGCCAUCUCUGUCCCCCAGGGCUCGCUGCUCGUGGAGCGGGAGAAGGAUCUCUCCGCCUACAACUGGAACUCGUUCGGCUUGAGAUACGGCAAGAGGCAAGCAGACACCAGGGAAGCCAAGGUGAAAAUAUUGUGAAGCCAAGAAGCAGCUGGA